GUGAGUUGCCCAGUGAAGAAAAGACAGAGCUGCCACUUGUACCCAGAUUGUUUGGAUCCUAAAACCCAAAGCCUAAAAAGAGAAUAAUCCGCCUCUUACCCCCCACCAAGAAAUUCUGUCAAUUCUGUUGAGCUGAGAGAGAAAAACAGACAGACUGGAAAUAUGAAGAAAGUGGAAUGGCCCCAGAGGAUUUCCCUGUGUGAAUUCAAUUUACCCUUAUUCAGAUGGGAGAUUAUAGGUUAUAUAACCACCCCCCAAAUAAAGCAAUCUCUUCUCCAAUGACAUUCAAACCCGGAAAAGAUGAAUCCCAGGGUGUUCAGAUUUCAGUAUAAGCUGAUCUCCCGGGACCUAUUUAGGCAGGAUCUGGUGCCCAGGACAGAACCUGUUGACCUGGCACCAUGGAGCUGGGAGGGGCUGUCACCAUCUUUCUGGCACUCUGCUUGUCUUGCCUGCUCGUCCUCAUUGCCUGGAAACGAAUGAAUAAGGCAGGAAAGCUGCCCCCAGGUCCUACACCAAUUCCUUUCCUGGGGAACCUGCUGCAAGUUCGAACUGACGCUACGUUUCAGUCUUUCAUGAAGCUCAGGGAGAAAUAUGGCCCUGUGUUCACUGUGUACAUGGGUCCCCGGCCAGUGGUGGUUUUAUGUGGACAUGAAGCAGUGAAGGAAGCCUUGGUAGACCAAGCGGAUGAGUUCAGUGGCCGUGGAGAACUGGCUUCAAUAGAGCGAAACUUCCAAGGUCAUGGUGUGGCUCUGGCCAAUGGAGAGCGAUGGAGGAUUCUCCGACGCUUCUCCCUGACCAUCCUUCGGGACUUCGGGAUGGGAAAGCGGAGCAUUGAGGAGCGAAUUCAGGAGGAGGCUGGCUACCUACUGGAGGAGUUCCGGAAGACCAAGGGUGCCCCCAUCGACCCCACCUUCCUGCUGAGCCGCACCGUUUCCAACGUCAUCAGUUCUGUUGUCUUUGGAAGUCGCUUCGACUAUGAGGACAAGCAGUUCCUGAAUCUGCUGCGGUUGAUCAAUGAGAGUUUCACUGAGAUGAGCACUCCCUGGGCGCAGCUAUAUGACAUGUACUCUGGAGUCAUGCAGUAUUUGCCAGGAAGACACAAUCGCGUCUACUACUUGAUAGAAAAGCUCAAGGACUUCAUUGCCUCCAGGGUCAAGAUCAACGAAGCAUCCUUUGACUCCCAAAACCCUCGGGACUUCAUUGACUGCUUUCUCAUCAAGAUGCACCAGGAUAAAAAUAAUCCUCGUACAGAAUUCAACCUCAAGAACUUGGUCCUCACCACUCUGAACCUCUUCUUUGCUGGCACGGAGACGGUGAGCUCUACACUGCGCUAUGGAUUCUUGCUGUUAAUGAAGCAUCCUGAAGUGGAAGCUAGGAUCCACGAAGAAAUUAACCAGGUGAUUGGACCACACCGGCUCCCAAGUGUGGAUGACCGGGUCAAGAUGCCCUAUACGGAUGCCGUCAUCCAUGAAAUACAGAGACUGGUAGACAUCGUGCCCAUGGGUGUCCCCCACAAUGUCGUCCGGGACACUCAAUUUCGAGGCUACCUUCUGCCCAAGGGCACAGAUGUAUUUCCCCUGCUUGGUUCUGUCCUCAAAGACCCCAAAUACUUCCGCUACCCAGAUGCCUUCUAUCCCCAGCACUUUCUGGAUGAGCAGGGCCGCUUCAAGAAGAAUGAAGCUUUUGUACCUUUUUCCUCUGGAAAGCGCAUCUGCCUGGGUGAGGCCAUGGCCCGCAUGGAACUCUUUCUCUACUUCACCUCCAUCCUUCAGAACUUCUCUCUACGCUCGCUGGUGCCACCUGGGGACAUCGAUAUCAACCCCAAGCUCUCAGGCUUUGGCAACAUCCCCCCGACCUAUGAACUCUGCCUCGUGGCCCGCUGAGCGCCACCUGCGGGGCAAGGAGGAAGUGGGGAAUGCAGCUCUCCUCUCAUGUUCAGGAGCACCCCUCUUCCUCAUCUUACUAAUCCUCACAGCAUCCCUAAGAGGAGGCACCAUGAUUACAGAGUCAGCCAGGGUCACCUGAGAAUGUACAGCUGCGUGUCUUCCCCUCCCAUAGAAGAGCAACGCCCUGUGCAAGAUCUGCACCUCUGCCUGCAGGUUUCACGGUCACAUGGUCACCGUGGCUUCGGUUUCUGGCUGCAUCAAAUCCUUAGUGUAGACCCUGUGUCUUCAUGUUGUCCCUUUUUGUGUGUGCUGUGAUUUUGAGCAAAAUGUAGUCUAAAAUCCUUUCUGCUUGGUUCUUGUCUUUACCCACCAGCCCCCGAAAAGUCAACAAAGACCUCAAGUCUGUUGAGUGUAGCAAGUUUACUGUGUAUUAUGUGUGACAGCGAUGUAGGGUACAAUCAACAGCUUGAAAUGUCUUUCUUGACUUGUUAUUAGUUAUAGUUUCUGCCAGCUCCGCUCCAGUGACUUCCCCUGGGUAAAAUGUCCCAUCCCCACCCAUCUU